CUGAUGCUGUCAGGCUGCCAUGGCUCUGGUCCAGGCACUACCAGUGAGUGACCAUCCCAACCCAGGUCUUGACCUCCAACAGUGCCGACUGCUACCAUCCCACCUUCCAUCGGAUCCCUGCUCUGGCCCCUGUGGGUCCUGCAGUUCCGAGACAGCCAUGGGUUCAGUCAGCAGUCUCAUAUCAGGGCGGACGUACCAGGAGAGGCACUGCAGACCUGCCAACGAAUUCUCUACCAAGCAACGGCGCUCCACGCCAGCCACCAGCUGCUUUCGCCUGCAGGAUAACACCCUCCACAGCGGGAGCUCCCUGGAGCAGCUGCUGGUUAUCAGCAACCAAACACAGCCUCACGCCCAGGUUCUGCCUCCACCCCUGCCCACCAAGAAGCUGCCAAGACCUGGAAACUCUGCCGGGACAGGUGGUGGGGGAGCAGUUACUGGAGCAGCAGGCGGUGUCCGUAAUGGGAACUUUAUGUAUGUAAACAACGAGGUGGUGCUUGGAGACUGGAACGACAACCUGGUUAUUACAACUGCGAGUCCCUGCAGUGACUCUGAGGACCAAAAGGACAACAGGACGGUGAACGACAACAUCGGAGGACCUCCUCCUAAACUUGUCCCAGUGUCUGGACAGUUAGAGAAGAACAUGGAGAAAGUGUUGAUCCGCCCCACAGCUUUCAAACCAGUUGUUCCCAAGAACCGUCACUCUGUGCAGUACCUGUCUCCACGGACAGGAGGCAGCACGCCGUCUGAGAGCCAGGCCAGCCUAAACCUCCUGUUGCCCCACGGAGCCCCCAGCAGCACCACCGGCACAAACGGUAAUAGUGGAAGCUGCAUUUCCAGCUCCGAGGGGAAGCAGAACUCGUACAGCGGGGGGCGCAACGCUCGCAGCAGCCAGUCCUGCUCCAUGUCAGACUCAGGGAGGAACUCCCUCUCUAGCCUCCCUACCCACAGCAGCACAGGCUACAGUUUGGCCCCCAGUGAGGGAUCCAGCUCAGGUUCUGGUUCCGGGGGCCAGGUGGAGCCUGUGCCGGGUCUGGGACGCCACGCUUCAGGUGGAAACGGGAGCCACGGUCACAGCAACUCGGACAGCGGGCGUUCCUCUUCCAGCAAGAGCACAGGUUCAGGGUCAGUAAGUGGGCGCGGGCAGCCCCUGUCUGACAGCGGGUCCUGUGGCCACUCGCCCCCACCGGUGGAGGGGUACGAGGAGGUGGUGAAGGAGCUGGAGGAGAAGCUGAGGGAACGAGACCUAGAGCUCCAGCAGCUCCGAGAAAAUCUGGAUGAGAAUGAAGCUGCCAUUUGCCAGGUUUAUGAGGAAAAGCAACGUCGUUGUGAAAGAGAGAUGGAGGAGUUGAGACAGAGCUGCGCUUCGAAGAUGAAGCAGACGUCUCAGAAAGCCCAGCGAGCCCAGCAGGUGCUGCAGCUACAGGUGUUUCAGCUGCAACAAGAAAAGAAGAAGCUGCAGGAAGACCUCUCCUCUCUGCUGCAGGACAGAGAAACUCUGGAGAGAAAGUGUGCGACCAUCCAGAGGGAGCAGACUCAGCUGGGGCCCUGUCUGGAAGAGACAAAGUGGGAGGUGUGCCAGAAGUCUGGAGAGAUCUCCCUCCUGAAGCAGCAGCUGAAAGAAAUCCAGUCGGAGCUCAGCCAGAAAGCAGGGGAGAUUGUGGUCUUGAAGGCCCAGCUGAGAGAAGCUCGCUCUGAGCUGCAAGCAAGUCAGACUCGAACCCAAGAAGCCCAAACCACCAUCCGGACCAGGACCCUGGAGCUGGAAGUCUGCAAGAACGAACUCCAGAGACGAAAGAGCGAAGCUGAGCUUCUCCGAGAGAAAGUCGUCCGUUUAGACGAGGAGUCAACUCGUCUCCGGGACACCCUGUCCAAUCACACCGGAUCCUCUCUAAAUGGAAGUGCGACCAAGAAGGGACACUGCAUGAGCCUCUCCCUUCAACAGGGUAGAGGCGUGGGAGGAAGAGGGGGUCCGAGCCCCUCGAUGUACCGCGAUGGAGAGGACAAUUAUCUGGUGUGGGGAGGAGAGAGCGAUGAAGCCAAGGCACAGAGGCAGAAUGCAGAGACACUACUCGGUCUAAGACAACAGGUGGAAAGAAUGAGAGCUGAGCUCAUGUAUGAGAGACGGAGUAAUGAGGAGCAGCUGUCACGGUUUGAGGAGGAGAGGAAGGUGUGGCACGAUGAAAAGGAAAAGGUGAUCCGCUACCAAAAGCAGCUGCAGCAGAACUACAUCCAGAUGUAUCGACGCAACCGCGAUCUGGAGCGAGUGAUGAGGGAGCUGAGCCUGGAGCUGGAGAACAGGGACAUGGACUACGAGGUCCGCAGCGGCAGCAAUGACAUCCACUUUGAGGAAAUUACUGCCACGGAGAUCUGAGCGCGCACGCGCACAGUAACGUGCGUGCAGAAUGAGGAAAACAGCUCAGAAAACAUUGAAACGCUGCACUGUCUUCAAUAUGAAGCCCUAAACGAGCUCACACUACCAAUCACUGUUAAAGGGGACAAUUUCCAAAGGUGCAUUCAUUACUUCCUGCUAGUAGAGACAUAGCCCAAUAAAUCCUUAAUAUAAGGCGUCUCUUACAGUGUUUUAUUUGUAUUUUUUUACCUUUACAAAGCCAGCACAAAGACUGCUUUUCUCCAGAGAGAAGUGUUGAAUUCUCAGAAUAUCUUCAAAUCAGGGUAUUUGAAAUCAGUAAGAACUUCAUGCAAAAAAAAGAGUAAUCUGGUUUUCAUGCACGCAUGAGCGUCAGACAGCUGUCCAUCAGCAGGUGUGUAAUCAUGCAUCAAAUGACCCAUCUAAACUGUUUAUUGGCAACGCAAACAACCACUUUCACCCACCCCCCUCAACGCCCAAAACCCACAUUAGCAUCCUGUCUUUUUCCUUUGCAGUGUUGACGUUCAUGGCUGCUAAUUUAAUGCAUUUUUCAAAAUACGAUUUGUAUUUUUAAUAGCAAAUAGACUGUUUUCUAUCAUCUCAGAGAUUUUAAGCAUAAACCGUCUUCACCGGCGUGAAAGUAUUUGCUCACCCUAAGCAACAUGAUGCCAUCUGCCCUUUUUUUUUAUGCGGGUUGAAGAUGUCCAGUCCAUACAAUUCUAAUUUUAGUUCUUGGUUUCCCUAAAUGCAGAACCAUUUUCUGUCAUU